AUGUCAACAUCCAACGACAAGGUGGUGUUCAAUAUUGGUGGCACCAAAUUUGAAACAUAUAAAUCUACACUACGAAGAAUACCACAAAUCAUUGAACAUGGUGACUAUUUUUUCGAUAGAGAUCCCAAUGUAUUUAAAUCAGUUCUGCAAUAUCUCCGUACCGGGCAGCUCCAUCUACCAUCUUCAACUUGUGGAUCAGCCAUAAAAACCGAGUUGGAAUUUUGGGGAGUCGAAGAAUCUACUAUCGAGGAUUGUUGUUGGUUGAAUUAUAAUUCAUGGUCUCAAACUCUCGAUAAUCUAAAGAAGUUAGAAAAGGAUCGUCAAGUUACUAUGGGGUCUAUAAGACACGAGAAGCAACUAAUCAGGAAAUCGAGACGUUACCUGAACAAUGGUUGGCAAUUCCUCAAUAAUCCUAAUUGGAAUCUGUGGUCAAAGAUAUACGGAGCUAUCUCAGUUAUAUUUGUAUUCCUGUCAAUAUUUUCUUACGUGGCCUUUACUCAUGAAUAUUUCCAAGUUCAACCACUGGACGAAUUGAUUCCGAAUACCACCGCUGAUAACUCAUCGCAAUGGACAUCUGAGAAAAUGGUACCAGUUCAUCCGUUACUCUUUACUAUAGACUGUGUUUGUUUCAUAUUCUUUUUAUUGGAGAUAAUCGUACGAUUUGUCUGUUGUCCAUAUAAAGUACGUUUCUGCACACGGCCAAUGAAUAUCAUUGAUUUCCUUGCUCUAUUACCGGAUGUAGUUGCUAUAUGCGCUUCCUGGGUGGGUGUUUUUCCUGUUGGCGAUUCUGGAUUAAAGACAUUCAUACUACUGGUGCGAGUUAUGCGUGUAUUAAGGAUCUUCCGCUUGAUGCGUUUCUUCCCCGGACUUUGGCUAUUAUUCUACACAUUAAAAGCAAGUAUAAACGAAUUACUUCUUAUGUUACUAUUUGUGAUUAUAGGCAUGUUGGUGUUUUCUUCACUUAUCUAUUACGCCGAAGAAAGAGAAAAUUUCCCGAAAAGAGAAAAUUUCCCGAGUAUCCCUCAAGCAUUUUGGUGGGCCAUUAUAACAAUGACUACGGUAGGGUAUGGAGAUGUUUCUCCUGUAACCAAUCUCGGGUAUCUUGUUGGAUCAAUGACUGCUAUAUCAGGACUUUUAUUAAUUGGUUUUACUGUUCCAGUUUUGGUUAAUAAUUUCAUUCUAUAUUAUAAUCAUACACAAUUAUCUCGCAGUGUUCCGGUUCUACCAUUGAAGUCACCAGAACAGACAACAUCACCUAAGUUUUGA